CAUAGUGGUUGCGGGAGUGCCACGCCGCGACGCCCCUCAUUCACUAAUCGCAGGGAAAAUUCAAACCUUUCUUCUCAUUUAAACAACACGCCCCACCCAAACGAACACCAGCAAAACCCUCAAAAAUGGCCAGUUUGCGAAGGGCAAUUUUCACAGCCGUUCCUCGGCUUCUUAGCUUCUCGAAUCGAUCGUCGGCUGCCACAUCCGACUCUCUUAACAGGCCUAUAUUGGGUUCGAUUUCGCAUUUUUGUUCUUCAAAUUUGAGCACCCAAUCUUUCGAUAUUGAUCUUUCUAAUGAAGAAAGCAAAAGGCGCCUAUUUAACAGGCUAUUGUAUAGGAGCAAGCAAAGAGGUUACCUGGAGCUGGACUUAAUUUUGGGGAAAUGGGUGGAGAAUCAUAUUCACUCCAUGGAUGAAGAUGGAAUUAAAUCCCUAUUUCACGUCCUUGACAUGGAGAAUCCAGAUCUGUGGAAAUGGCUGACUGGUCAGGAACAACCCCCGGAUGUAGUAAACAUAAAUCCUGUAUUUGUAGCUGUGCGAGACAAGGUUAUGAACAACCUCAACAGCCAUGCUUCUCCUGAGACUCGAGCAACUCCUGGGCGGCCUUGGGUAAGAGGUUGGGACGAUUUCAAGAAAGGUCGAGAUGCCCCUACAACUGGGAACCAGUAGUUGCAUUUGGAGAUGAAAAUUUCAAAAAUAUCGUCAUCUUCUGUAGGGUAGCCUGAAUAAUGUUGGGAAAUUCAUGUUGUGUAGUCAUAGCUUAUCCUUCCGUGGUACUCUGCAAAAAUAAUGUUUCAAUGUCAAGCUUGUGAACUGUUAGUGAGCAUUCAACAGAUGUAUUGACAUUGAGUUAAAGUGUAAACGAUGAUAUCUUUUUCUGUGCAUUGAUUUUGCUACAAAAUAGUAUAAGAAAAUAAUGUUAAAUUC